UUCCAAACACGGACACGUACGAUAUAUCGACAGAUUAUAAAGGUCAUUUCAAUGCAACCAGUCUUCGCCGUCGACUGUCCUUUCUCGGGUUGAAAUAUAAUUACACAGUAGCAGGGCAUGUGCUGCCGCUCAUGUUACCUUUGGUUGACUAGACUGCAGCUGGGCGGUCCUUUACUGCACGAGCUACAAAGUCACAAGAGAACAAAGUUUGAAAUGAGUCCCUGCGAAACAAACCUGUGCAACGCACACUGAGCGAGCGAUCAAUAAUGGAUUCAGCCAAGCGGGAGGAACACAUGAGCGAGCACGCAGCCAACCUACUGGGGACAGCACAGCGGUCCAAACGGACACAAAGCGCCACCAAAACAAAGUCAAGAUACUUGAAAAUCCUCUGUGCGGUCCUUCUGCUUGGCUUGCUGGCUUUAAUUCUCACAGUCAUAUUUAUACUCAAACUCCGUUGCAGUGAUAAAGUAACUAAUAGCUGUAGAAACCGCUGCUUGUCCAAAAGUCGUGACUCUAACGCGGUGUGCCACUGUGACACUGCGUGUGUGAAUGAAGGCACCUGCUGUCUGGACUAUGAAGAAGUGUGUGUGGAACCAAGUCAGCGCUGGACGUGUUCUAAAUUCCGUUGCAGUGAGGAGCGUUUGCAGAACAGCCUCUGCUCCUGUUCUGAAGACUGUGUGAAAUUGGGUGACUGCUGCUCAAACUACAAGAGCAUAUGUAAAGGUGAAAAACCUUGGCUAGAAGAGGACUGUGAAGACAUCAGGACUCCUCAGUGUCCUGCUGGGUUUUCUGAACCGCCGCUGCUUCUGGUGUCUCUGGAUGGAUUCAGGGCAGGAUACAUGGAGGCCUACAGCAGCCUGCUUCCUGUCAUCAACAAACUCCGGAAAUGUGGGACCUCCACACCCUAUAUGCGACCUGCUUAUCCCACCAAGACCUUCCCAAAUCAUUACACCAUAGUGACAGGUCUUUAUCCAGAAUCACAUGGAAUUGUGGACAAUAAGAUGUAUGAUGUCACUCGCAAUGCCUCUUUCAGUUUGAAAAUUGAUGAGAAAUUCAACCCUGCAUGGUACCAGGGUGAACCAGUUUGGCUCACAGCCAUGAAAAACAAACUAAAAACAGCUACUUUCUUCUGGCCUGGAUCCGAUGUGAAAGUCAAUGGACAUUUCCCAGAUUACUGGGUGAAGUAUGACAGGAACAUCCCCUUUGAAAAGAGGGUGGCAAAAAUCUUUGAAUGGUUGCAUUUACCUGAAGGAGAAAGGCCAGACUUUUACACCUUGUACUUCGAAGAGCCUGAUUCUGCAGGUCAUCGACAUGGACCAAUGAGUAGCCAGGUCAUUGAGGCUUUACUGAAUGUCGACAGGCUUCUUGGGAUGUUGAUGGAUGGUCUCGAGGAAAGACAGCUGCACAGAUGUGUCAACCUGGUUCUGGUCUCUGACCACGGGAUGGAAGAAGCGUCAUGCAAGAAAGCUGCGUAUGUCUCGGACUAUCUGGAAAACAUCGAUGACAUCACUGUCAUCCAGGGUCCUGCAGCGAGAGUCCGUCCCAAACGUUUGCCUGAUGAAUUCUUCUCCUUUGAUUAUGAAAGUCUGGUGAAGAAUCUUUCGUGCAGAGAACCUGAUCAGCCGAUGAGGCCGUAUCUGAAGGAGCAUCUGCCCAAACGGCUUCACUUUGCCAGUAACAUCCGAAUAGAGAGAGCACAUCUCUACAUGCAGCCCGGCUGGCAAGCAGCACUCAAACCAAAUGAAAUUAAAUACUGCAGGGGCGGCUUCCAUGGUUCAGAUAAUGUCUUCAAGAACAUGCAGCUUUGCUUCCACACCAUCAACAUAACCCUCAACCACAAAAUUAAGCAUUAUCCCUUAAAUCCAGAGAAAAUAUUUCUUAAAUCUGUCAUAGACACCAGUAAAUAUUUAUAUCUUCAGUUUCUGCUUGAGGCUCUGUUCAAAGGCUUCUGUGCUGCAGUGUAAUGAGGUUUAGUAGACCAAGAAUCUUGAUGGAGAUUAUACUAAAUUCUUAUUAAAGGAUCAGAGUAAAUUCCCAUGAAGGGAUUAUAUGAUCCCUGGGGUCUUUCCACAAAAACGGAGAAAAAUCCAGACAUGCCCUUUAAUUGAACUCCCGUCCAUUGAAUAUAGCUUCUCCGUGCCAGAUUCACACUUAGUAGUUCCUUCAAACUGGAAGGUGUUCAGAUUGCAGUUUUAAACACACGCUCAACCCACACGUUGGACCUUUGACAGAGCCUUGUUUACGUCUGUGACUUGUGUGAGUUUCCAGCCAUCUGCGCCCCCUGGUCUGUGUGGUUGUCUAGGAAUGUCUAAUGCAUCUGGUAGGCUUUACAAAAACCUCUUACAGGAACUCUUAUGAGGCAAUGGUCUAACUGGUUGAGGUAAAUUUGCACAAGGUAGUCACAACCACGGGGAUGGUUAUUAUGGCAAGAGCUUUAAUUUAG